AUGAGUCGUGGGCCGGAUGGCCCGUGGGCGACGUGCCCACCCCUGCACGGUCUUCGAGUGCUGGAAUUAAGCCGUGUAAUCGCCGCUCCCGUCGCGGGACGCACCCUGGCCGCCCUGGGCGCGGAUGUCUUGUGGCUCACAGCGCCGCAUCUCCCGGACCUACCCGCGCUCGACGUCGAUCUGAGUCGCGGCAAGAGGACGAUCCAGCUCGAUUUCCGCCGCGACCAGGACAAGGCGCGUCUUCUCGACCUCGUUCGCUCCGCCGACGUGCUGAUCCAGAGCUAUCGGCCAGGCAGCCUGGACGCAUACGGCCUUGGUCCGCGAGACCUGGCCGUCGUGAACCCGGGGCUUGUCUAUGCAAAUCUAUCCGCGUACGCCGAGGCUGACGGGGCGCUGCUGAAGAACGCGGACAAUGCCUGGGCCGGGUUUCGAGGGUUUGAUUCGCUGGUGCAGACUUGUUCGGGGAUGAAUGUUGCAGAGGCUGAGCGGUUUGGUGUCACUGAUGGUGCCGUCCCUGCGCGAGUGCUGCCGUGUCAGGCUCUCGACCAUGGCGCUGGGUACCUCCUCGCCACGGGUAUUCUGGCUGCGGUGUACCAUCGGGAUUGUGUCCCGGAUGGGUUUGGUGCGUACAGAGUCGAUGUCUCGCUGGCCGCGGUGAUGAAGUAUCUUCAGUCGCUUGGGCAGUAUGACGGUGCUUCCGGGUUCCAGGUGGAUCACCCGGUUCCAAAGAGCUAUCCGCUCCAGGAGGCGGAUGAGGAGAACGGCUGGGAUGAAAGCUUCUGGGAGACGCGGCCGUCUGAGUUUGGAGACCUGAGAGCGGUCAAGUAUCCGGGCGUGAUUGACGGCUGCGAUGUCGGCUGGGAUAAGAUGCCGAAGAAAUUGGGCAGUGAUGAAGCCAAAUGGUUGAAAGUUGGUUGA